AUGGCAGCUUCACGGCUCAUUGGUUUGGUUUUUCUGACUGCUAAUGUUCUGAUGGCAAUGGCAUUGGUGAUAUCCAACUCGGACUUCUGUGCCAGCGUUUUUGAAACUCAAACAGGUGAAUUAACUCCUGCGGCUUUAUAAAACGGUUUUCUAAAACGUUUUCUAAGAUGCAAACAAACUAACGUUUUGUUAGUUUUUGUUUUUUUUUCUUCAAAGUUUUCUUCAGUAGAGUCUUUUAUUACAGUUUUUGAAUACCCAUUUUGAUAAAUCUGAGAUGACGAACUCGGGCAUUUUAAAAGCAUUUCCUUUUAUCGACUUUAUCUGAUGUUAAAAUUACUUACAACUUUUAUCACUUUUUUUACUUCUGACGAUUCGCGCUUGUAUCAAAUCGCAAUUUUCAAGCGAGUAUAUCUCUUUAUCGUAAAAGAUUAUAAAACUGUUCAGCUAAAAAAAUGAAUUAAUGUAUGUCCUAGCUUUAUGUUAAACUCCACUGUAUUUUGCUUAUUCCCCUGUUUUAUAUUACUUCAUGUUUCAGACCAUGUUUUAGUUGGUCAUGUCAUGAGUACAUCAACUGUUGCUGACGAGUUUGAAUGUCACCAAAAAUGUCUCAGAAAUAACAGCUGCAAGUCGUUUAAUGUUCAUCCUGGUGCAGAUAUUGCAAAACGACUUUGUGAGCUGAACAACAAAACACGGAAGAUGAAGCCGGACGAUUUCAUUAAGAAGAAAGGAUCUUCUUAUUAUGGACAAGUUAAGGUCAGAUCCACUGUUUGAACAUAAACUAUCGCUUUUUUAUAAAACUGUUAUUUAAAAAAACUCUAAACUCUAAACAACUAAUUAGGGACCUUAAGAUCAGACGACGGCGACGGCAACGUGAACGUCAUAAAAUCAAUAGGCUUUUAAAACGAGUAAGUUAUUAAAAUAAGAAAAACAACAAGAAAAAAACAACUUUGCACGUGCAUAACACUUUUUUGUACAUUUCUUUACGUUUUGCACGACAACGACGUGAAAAUGCGUAACUUCAUGUUUUAUAGAGGAUGUCAUUAAAACAUUCAAUCAACGACGAAAUUUUCUUUCUCUUUCUUAACUUGGAUAAGGUUCUCAGGAAUUCAACUCCAGGAGAGUUCGUGUACAUUUGACAUAAAGUAAGCGUGAUGGAACAAUCGCGAUGACGAUUGGAAAACCGUGAAAACCAUGAUUUUUAAGCGACGUUUUACCUGCUGUCGCCGUCCUCGCAUCUUAAGGUCUCUAUUAAAACAUUUGUUUACCACGGUCACCCUGUUCGGUUUUUUCGGAAUUUUAACAAACAAGUAUUUAAUUUCUUAGACUUUUAGGCUCAAAUUCUAUGGAGUUUUGAGAUCAGCUUCUUACGAAUUACUUGAUAUUAUGCGAAUUUAAGUGGUUAUCUUUGCAGAACUCUACUAUCGCAAAUAGUACUUAAAUAAUGAUUUGUUGCACCGGUUUGCCUUUGUCUUAAAAUACAUAUUUGUUUUACCCACACGAAAAAUAUCGCGUAUGGCAGGGUAUAGAAAGAAGGUAUAUCAAUAUAUUUAACAAAUAUCAUUAGUAUCAUCUAAAAAUUUAUGGAGAUCGAGGAGGGUGUUAUCUGCCUCGACCGCUAGCCAAUCAGAAACGGAGAAAUAUUUUGAAUAAAUAAUAGUUAUUUAUAUUACUUCUAAAGCAAACAAAAGUGGUAAUAGCUAAAGGACAUAAUGACGUCAUCUAUAGUUGUUAUCUAUUGUUCGAUGUUUCUCAUUUCAAUUCCUUAUUUCCUUCUCAGGUUUCCUGCCAAGAUCUGCCCACCAACAAGAAAAAACAAUCUGGUCAUUGUCAUCCGGACUACAAAGGAAAAAGAUGUGAAAUUCGUGAGUAACGCUCGUCUAUUUUUAAAUUUGAUUCUACUAUUGCCUCACGGCGGAGCAAAUAUUUACCAUAUAUAGUCAUUUGUUUUAUUAUCUGCUGCAGUAAAGCAAGGCUGGAAUUCCAAGCAGCCCGCUUAUUCCUGUAAGAGCAUCCUGGACUCUGGUGACUCUAAAGGAGACGGGAGGUACUGGAUCGACCCUGAGAACAGUGGAAACCCGUUGAACGUUUACUGCGACAUGACAACUGACGGAGGUGAGAUCUGCUCAAAAAAGACAGUUAAAAGCAUCAUAAAUAAGAUGACAAAAAACUCCGUCGGCUUCAGCUAUCUGCGUAAGCAAGUUUCUAAAUGCGGAAAAAUAUUUCCACAUGAAUUCAUCUGUCAAAUUUUCACAAAUCGGACAAAAAUUGGGAGUAGAGCAUGGCCAACGCAUGACUAUGGUGAGAAAUGCUAAAAGCAUCUGCCUUCUUAAUUCCCUGCGUGUUAAAAACUGACUAAAUUUUCGCGUCCGAAGUCAGUUUGAAAUCAAAAUUUUAAUUGUUCACCUGAUAAACACAACUUAUUUCCUGUGCACUGAGACAAAAUUUAGUUUGAGUCUGCGAAUAUUUGAAAACUAGUAACUUCAAAAAACGUACACUAGAUGGGUCAAGAAAAAAGCCCGCGAUACGGUCAAGUGAUACUGGUCAGCGGAUACCCUGUUUUGACAGCUGUCAACUGACCACGACAUGGAUGUGCUAUAUCAGGUUGCAGCCUCCCAAACUAGCUAGAAAGUGUGAGAUUUAAUAUUGGUUUCCUUGUUGUGCAGACGGAGGGACGGUCACGUGACUACCAAAUUUUCUCGGGUAAAUAGAAGCGCGCACGUCGAGCUUCGCUAUUAAAACAGCCAUUCUUAUUGAUUUUACAGAAUGUAGAACUUUAAUGAAAUACCUCUUUAUCUUCACAUUUCUCUUUCAGGAGGUUGGCUCCUCGUUUCCAACAUCACGAUGGAAAGUUCAACUCCCCCUCUCCGCUGCCAGGCAAGACUUCAUAUGCUUGCUGGCGUGACCACCGGUGAUUUCUGGAAAAUUUACGUUCGCUAAAAUGUCUGUGUGUUGACGUCUGUUUUUAUUGAGUACUCUUAUUGGCUGUAGAAGUUUCAACUUUUUAACCACAGAAUUUACUCAUUUUCAAAAACGUCCUUCUACAAGGAGGGAGGAUCAAAAAUAGAAGGCUAUAAUCAAAAGGCCAUUUGCACGAUGACGUCAUUACUAACGCUCCAAAAUCAGUGUUUUGCUUGUGCAAAUUAGAGCUUUUGUUUUUUAAACCUCGCUGGGAUUACGAAAUUUAAAUACGAAAGGAAAAACGAGAUUGAUCCUGUAAAAGGCACAAGUGUAAUAAUUGGACCCAAGUGUAAUAAAGGUCCCAUCUGUAAUAACAUUUGGACCCAAGCGUAAUAAAAGUCCCAUCCGUAAUAACAUUUUGAACCCACGCGUAAUAAAGGUCCUAUCUGUAAUAACAUUUGGACCGUCUUCAGCUUGUCUUAACCUUUGCUUAUAAUCAGCUCGACAUUUUGGAGCUCUUACGGUGAAAUUCUCACCUGACACCAUUACGACCCAAAAGAUGGUCAAUUUGCAAACUAUUGUCACGCGCCUCUGUAUCAUUGUUCUCAGCUAGUCUUAUGGUGCUUAUCAUAAAGCGAUAUUUUGGAGCUCUUGAAAGAUAGUGAGAGACACCUCCGAAUAAAGAUAAAAUAAAAAUUUUAACGUUGUAACUAGUAAUAGCCAAAGGUUACGGAGUGCGGGCGAUAACGAUCGAAGGUCAAAACGCUUUUGCUCCAGCGCUGUGCUUUGCGUACGUUUCACGUGACAGAUGAUCAAAACAUGCGUGAUAAGAUUACGAGUGAUAGAAGGUCCAAACGCACGUGAUCAAAUUGCGUUCUGUGCAUUCCAUUCAUUCUUAGUGAAAGUUCAAACGACAGCUGACUACGGCGAUGCGUGCAUAAUAACAACCUUGAGAUUAGGAUUGCGGGCUCCUCUUGUCGCUCGCAACGACAAAAAAAACUCUCGUAAGAGCGCAGUAAAGCAGUACUGAGCAAAUAUUUUCUUUGGUUAAUAGUUCUAAGUGACAAUGGCCUUAUUUUAGUGGCCAGUUCCGUUUAUCUAAUAGUAAAUACUUUUCUAGCCAAACUACUACGUGUAAAAUUCACUUUGACAGUUGACGUGAAAGCCAUGGAGAUUAAAUUGAAUGGCUGAGGUUGGUUUCUGCAGGUCACCUGAUUUUACACUCCUUACCUCUUAUUGGCCAUAAAUUGUUGUUGGUAUAUUACCAGUUUGAGUACAAAGGUAACUUUUACAAAUACGUCCUUUAUUACACUUGGGUCCAAAUGUUAUUACAGAUAGGGCCUUUAUUACUCUUAGGUCCAAUUAUUACACUUGUGUCUUCUACAGUCCUGGUGGUGAAGGACUAGUAGUAAAAUGACGCCAUUGCGCAAAUAGUCGAUUGCUGACUUAGACGAAAAUACCUUGAUUAUCAAGCGAUUUAUGUAGUCUAGUACUUCAGCGGUCAGACGGAUGUCCAGCUGUUUCGAGAGAUCUUUCUUAUCUUUGUCAUUUGCAGUAGGCCUUAUAUCCGUUUUUGCUUAUUGUAUUUUUUUUUUCAAGUAUCCGUUCGCUUGAAAUAAAGCCACAAAAGGGUCACGCCAUUUAAUCAUUGUGCCUUUGCUUAUGUCGCAUGUACUUUAGUCUCUAAAUAUAAGAUUCUCCUGGAAAAGCCAAUUUUAGAGUUUAUUAAGUUAACUGAGGUUCAGGUCAGGCUUCGAACAUUUCAUAAGACGAUCUAAACUGAACAGAUUAAGUUCCUGAUAAGUUUCACGUCUGUCUCAGUUAGGUUCGUCUGAAUGAGUUUGGAUCGACUAAAGCCAAGACCAAACGUCGAACUUUUCAUCCGACGAACCAGACUGAGUGAGUUAAGUUUAUGAUAAGUUUGACGUUUGCAUCAUUUUAGCUCGUCUGAAUAUCAAGGUUUUCCUGAUCGACAGACAGGUUCUUAGUCCGUUUCAGACGAAUAGAAAGUGCGCAGAUCUUUUAGGGGACAAACAUUCAGACAUGCCAAUAAAGUGUUUGUAUUAUCUGGGUUUCCGUAAAAUGCUGUUUAUUCAUUACAAAUUAAUACAUUGAGCUGUUUGUCGGAACGAAGAGAAUUGUAUGUUAUAAACGGGUUUCAGUCAGCGAAGCAAGCCUCCAUCGACGACUUUCAGUGAAAUGUUUGGCGCCCUUUAUUACCUUUAAACUUAGUUCGACGUUCAGCCAAGUUCGACGUUGGUGAUUCAGUAGUCCGGGGGCGGGGUACCCCCUAUGAUGGCCUAUACGGUGAGGCUCCGCCCAAAAGGGGUACCUUUUUCAGGCUUCAGGUAUAUGAAAGGGUAGGGAUUUUACUCGUUGAAGUAUAUGAAAGGAUGGGGAAAUCUGUCAUUUGGGUCUGUGAAAGGGCCUAAAGGGCUAAUAGAUUAAUUUUUUGGCUUUAUAAAGUCGAGCAAACGUUCUAUUUUUGUGAUUGAUUCCUAUUUAAAUGACAGUACGUUCACAGCAGUUAAAAGGGAUGUAAAGUUCUAAACAAGGUAUGUGAAAGGGGUACCAUUUGUCAAUAGAAGGUAUACGUAAGGGGGACCUUUUUCAUGAAAAAUGGUAUAUAAAGGGGUAAGGGGUUGGACCUUGGGCGUAGCCUCGCCUUAUAAAAAUUUGUCGAGAACCUCUCCUCCCCUCUCGGUACCAGUGGUCUUCUCCCCCCACUCACCCUGAAUUUUUUGCAUCUUUUUGUUAAUUUUUUGUUUUUAAAGCUGAAAAAUGUUUUAGAUAUGUAACCUGCUCAGGAAGCGUAUUUUAGCUUGCUAGGUGGCCGUCGAUUAAUUAAUAAUCUCUACACUAUAAAGUGAUCAUGAAACGAGACAUCUUAAUCCAGUGAAACUUGUAUUAAGCGGACACCGUAUUAAGCUGACACCCUCUAUGAAGCGGACAGUAAUCGAAGCCCCCAAAUUUAUUUCCCUUAUUUACUUUACAUAAAACCUUUGUUAAGCGGUCACCUGUAUUAAGCGGACGCGGACACCUAAAAAGUACCUGAAAUGGUCAUUUCUAUUGUUGACCACCUGUAUUAAACGGACACUUGUAAUCAAAUUCCACCACCCACCCAUGCACAAAUUAUUCGAUUUUUACAUUAAUUAAAAAACGUGAUUCGACGAUCUUAUUUGAUUAGUUUCACAGUACAAUAUUGUUUUCUAUUUCGUUUUGUUUCUAUAGAGCUUGUUUCACUCAUCUGAUUUCUUCAAAUUUGAGUUGUAAUAUAUGUUUUUGCUACUAUGAUCAAUUGGUCCACUUUAAUAAAGAUAUUAAUGCAAACGUAUAUCGUCAUAGUCUCUGGGAAUAUUCUAAACGUUUCCACUGUUCAUUUGAAUGGCAUUUGACACCUCAUAUGACAUUAUCUAUCAAAACCUGUAUUAGGCGGACACCCUGUAUUAGGCGGACACUACAGCAUUCCCGGAGGGUGUCCGCUUAAUACAGGUUUCACUGUAUUGCAAAACGAGUUUGUGAGCUUAACAACAAAACACAGAAGAUGAAGCCGAAAGAUUUUAGAAAGAAGAAAGGAUCUUCUUAUUAUGGACCUGUCAAGGUAAGUUCUACUUUUUGAACACGAACCCCUUUUUUUAACAAAGCUGUUUAAAAAAAGAAGAAGAAAAACAACAAAAUGCAGACACGGUUUUUUAGAAUAACUAUCUGAUGGUAAGUUUGGCCAAAUUUCUGCCAAAUUGGUUUACGGGCAGUCUGCACCAAAGACGAAACUAAAUUCUACUUAAGGCCGUCAGCGAAACAACGCCGAGAUCCGUGGUCUGGACCCUCACCUAUGUACCAGGAUUUACGUACGCGCCAUGAUUGGCCUCUUAAAUAAAGCCACAAAAUGCUCAUGCCACGGCAUUGUGCCGUUUGCUUUCAAUUGUGUCGCAUGCACUUUAAAGUCUCUAAAUAUUAAAUUAUCCUAGAAAAGCCAACUAGGGAGAGUUUAUUUAGAAGCAAGCAAACUGAGGCCCAGACGGGUCAGGCUUCGAACAUUUCAAGAGACGAUCCAAACUGAACGGGUUAGUUCAUGAUACGUUUGGCGUCUGCCUCAGUUUUGCUCGUCUGAAUAUCAAAGUUUGCCGGAUCGACAAACAGGUUCUUCUAGUCCGCUUCAGACGGAUAGGAAGCAGGGGCGUAGCUACCUGUACGCACAGUACACACGUGCCUACAUUUAAUAGUCGAGGGUAAGAAAAUAGAAUAAAAUAAUGAGAUACAAAAGUGAAUAAUGAAAAAAAAAAGAUACAAAGGAUAAGAUAGAUGAAAGUUAAUUAUUUUAAAAGCACAGUUCGGCUCAAUUCAUUCACUGUUUGAUUUUUCCUUUUACACCCGAAUGCCGGCUUCCGGGAAAGAGACGUGAUUCACUGGUGGACCGAAUCUUCAAUUGUAUAUAUUUAGACAAACAGCGGGAGAAAGUGCAAACAGCAAGGCUGGAUGGUUUAAAGCGUAAACGCGUUGUUUUCACUUCGGCCUCUCUUCGCACUAGACGAAGAAGGGCAAGAUUACAUCAACGUUAACGCAGGGAUCUUCCUCGGUUAAAAGUAAUGUGGAAAGUAACGGUAAAGGAAUCACACUUUUGCACAUAAAAGUCUGAGAUACCACUGGAUUGUUCUCGUAGGCGCUACGGUUACAUUAGAGGAUUCAUAAAUAUUUCCGAUUCAGGAUUCCGGAGUUAUUUUGUUGAGGGUGUUCGGAUCACUUCGUAAGCGUUCAUAGAGUCCUCAUACAAAAAAGCGCAUUCGGAUUCCCAACAGUUUACACACAUCGAUAAAACUGAGUGGAUUUAGCAAGGACGACGGCGAUAGCAACGAGAACAACUGCGUCAAAAAGCAAAAGGUUUUAAAAGUUAAAGAACAAAUUUUUGCACGUGUAGCACGCUGCUUGGUAAAUUUCUUUGCCUCUUGCACGACCACGACGUGAAUUUUUUUUUUACGGGACGUUGUUUGGAGGACGUAAUAAACACACGAUGAUGAUUUUUUUCAUCCCCAGUUCAAACUUGGGUGCGGUCCCCAAGGAUUCAACUCCAGUGAAAUUCUCCUAUUCAUUUGCCGUUUUCAGCAAUAAACGCAAAAGUUUGAAACAACGCGAAUUCGUUUAAAUAGUGACGUACUUGCUACCCUCGCCAUCGAUAUUUUUAAAGCACCCUAUAUUUAUGAACGUGACACUUUCAUUUUGGUUUUACCGCAAACACUUAUGAUGGAAGGAGGAGAGCAUCAUGAUUCGUUGGAAGAACUGUUUACUCUACAAAACACUAAGGAAUUAAAGGUAAUUGUUAGAUACAAAGUACUUCCCUUUCGAUUUCGGAUUCAAAAUCUCCAGAGAGUUGACCAAACCGGGAGCUUUUUUAAUUAUUUUUGGAUUCACGCAUCUCUGUGCGUCUGUAAACGUAGCCUUGAGUUACUAAAACUAUUGGCGUGAUUUAGUCAAUAAACUAAAAAAGGCGAAAAAGAAUUUUUCAAAUUACUUAGAGACGUCAUAAACGCUUAGGCUGACAGUAACUAUACCUUGGUGGGGGAGGGUAGAGGGGGGGACAGGGGCAUUUGGUGAGUUGUGCGUACCUCUGAAAAAAUCCUGGCUACUGCCCCGGGGAAGUGUACAGAGCUUCUAGGGGACAAACAUACACACAUCAGGGGCACAUGCCAUUAAAGUGUUUGUGUUAUCUGGGUUUCCGUAAAAUGCUGUUUAUUCACUACAAAUUAAUAUAUUGAGAGCCGUUUGUCAAGAGAAUUGUCUGUUAUAAUCGUGUUUCUGCAAAGCAGGCUUCCACCGACGACUUUAUAAUGUUUCACGCCCUUUAUAAUAACUUUUGAACUUAGGUCGACGCUUAGCCAAGUUCGACGUUGGUAACCCAGUAGUCGAACUCAGUUGAGUAAGGUCGACCCAAAUAGUAAUUAGACUCUUCUCAUAAAAACUUCGACUUCUACACCCGGCCCCCAUCUAAAUUGCAAAAUCCAGCCGAGUAAUUUCUUAGUUUCCGAGCCAAUGACAAUCAACAUCCAAAAUAGAAAACAUAUCCGGCCUUUCUACCCCUUUAACUCAGUUAGGGCAGCUUUUUUAAAGUCUUGUCUGUGCUUUCUGUGCCCGUACGGAGCCUGUGUUUGUUGCCAUCCAAAUUUACACUUUUCUUUUCAGUCGGAAAGCUUCAAAAAGAUGAAAGGAUCUUCUUAUUAUGGACCUGUUAAGGUGAGUUCUACUGAUUGAACAUCAACCAUGGCUUUUCACUUAACAAAAUAAAGAAGCCUUAACUGUGCUCUGUUCUAUAGUAAAGUACGCAGUAAGAGGCCUGAUCACGAAAGCAGUGUAGAGGAAAACUACCUCUUAAGUGCUUUAGCUGCUUCGUAAGCGCUUUACAACAGAACAGAGCACAGUCAAGGCUUCUUCUUUAUUUGUUUUAUGAAAAAGAAUCCGUUAAAUUUCCCACGCAUUCUUAUUUCCAAAACAAACUUUUUUUUCAAAGCGAGCGAAAGUGUCAUCAUGUUCUACAUUCUCAUAAAACACGCUUAAAUUAGUCAAUCACAAUCAUUUUUCGAAUGGGCCAAAUGAUUUGAUUGGUUGGUUGAAAAAAGCCAAAAGCUGUUAAAGAUGUCAAAGACUCAAAGCUAUCACAAAGUGAAACGAGCUAAACGUUCUGUGAAUUUGAAUGGAGAAGAAAUGCACUUUCUACGUCCAAAACCAAAACUCAGUUUUUAAAGGUAAAAAGGCUUUUCACUGUUUUCAGUCCGGUCAAAUCGGUGGCCCAUAAAAACCAUGACGUCAUCAACAUGACAAUUUGAAAACAACUGUUUUAACUUCCGAUCAAAAAAAGCCCAAGAACUGAAUAUGAAAGUAAGAAAAGAUUCGCCGACGUCUUCGCAGAAGUGAUGCUGUAGUCUCGUGAUCGUGUUUCGAGCUAAUUGUAUGAAUGAACAAACUUAAACAAUUAAGACAGAAGUUAUUUCUUGAAAAUGUUUAUUUUGUUAUUUACGACGGUCACCAUGUUCGAUUUCCUUGUUCUCACACUUGCGGCUCAAAAUCUCCGCAUUUUCGAGGUCUCCUUAUAAAUUUACGGAUAUCAUAACAAUUCAAGUAGUUAUAUUUUUUCAGAACUCAAGUAUCGUAAAUAGUCGUUUUGAUCACGUUUUCUUUUAAAUAACGAAUUGUCGUACCUGUUUUCCUGUGGCUUAAAGGAGCUUAAAGUACAUAUAUCAACAUACUUGCUUAUAUUGCUUCUAAAGCAAACAAAACUGGUGAAAACUAAAUCACAAUAAUGACGUCAUCCAUAGUUUUGGGAUAUUGCUUGAUCGAUGUUUCUCAUUUAAAUUCGCUUUUCAAAUCGAUUUCUCAGGUUUCCUGCCGAGAUUUGCCCACCAACAAGAAGAAACAAACUGGUCAUUGUCAUUCGGACUACAAAGGAAACAGAUGUGAAAUUCGUAGGUAACGCUCGUCUAUUUAACUUGAUUUUACUUCACGGCGGAGUGAAUAUUUACCAUAUAUAGUCAUUUUCUUAUUAUCUGCCACAGCAAAGUAGCGGGGUUGGAAUUCCAAGCAGCCUGCUUAUUCCCGUAAGAGUAUCCGGGACUCUGGUUACUCUAAAAGAGAAAGGAGGUACUGGAUCGACUCUGAGAACGGUGGAAACCCGUUGAACGUUUACUGUGACAUGACAACUUACGGAGGUGAGAUCUGCUCUUAAAAAUCUGUUCUUUACAUGAAUUCACAUAACUUCCCUUAAACAGAAUAUUUGUUAAAACUUGAAAAAGACAAAAACAGACAAUAAUUACCAAUUGUUGCAGUAAUGGCAUGGAUAAGGAUAAGUGUGAUAUAUAGAGGAUAUUAUACGGUGGCGCGCAACCAAAGGCAUUUGAGUUAUGGGCGUCGAUUCAAAUCCAACAAUCAGCGUAUCGCGACCAAACAAACAUCCCUGUGCGGGGCAGGGUUGUGGUUUUGAACUGCCAACGGUCGCGAUACGUUGAUUGGUGGAUUUGAAUCGACGCGCACACCUCAAAUGCCUUUGGUUGAGAUUUUUGCACCGGUCAUGUUGAGAAAGCUGGUCUUGUAACUUCAGGAUCGCUUUUCUCGAGAAAUGUUGGAAGGAUUGAGCUCUCAUUCGGAUAGGGCAUGGAUACAUAUCUAGUCGAUCGCGAGCCGGUAUUUCCGAGGUAAGAAAUAAAAUAGUUUGGCGUCAGUUCCAGCUUAAAUUGGACUGGGUCACGCGCCGGCAGCUAAUUGCUGCCUGCCUUGUCUCCGUCCAUAGUUCUAACCGCCGAGGUCAAAUACUCAUCUCGCAAAACAGCGCUUAAAACAGCCCGGGAUGGCGAAAAAAACAUGACACAUGACUCAGUUAACAUUUUCUUCAAACUUUUAUUGAAAAAUUUUUCUUUAAAUUCUGCAUUUUGGAACAAACAAUAGCCGCCGUAUUGUACAUAUGUAUUUCUUCUAUAAAUAACAAAAGAUCGAAGCUCAGAUUUCAAUCAACAACGGCCCCCACUAACAGAGGGUGGUCUGCCUGUGCUAAAACAGUGAGAUAAUUGGGCACAAAAAUGAUCAUUUGUAACUCAUUUACUGUUGCCAACGAUUACAAUUUUGGCGCGCAAUGACCGAACGGUCGCUGUCGUCGCUUUUUCUUGCCGACAAAUAAAACCUUUGAAGGCAUUUGUUUAGCUCUUGCGGAGAAAUUUCUUCUAAAGGAGUUGUGAAUUCUUUUGGUGUUUAAAUCAUUCUGUGAAAAUUAAAUUUAGUUUUAAGCUUGUUUAUGAACAAGUCAACUAAAUCAAGUAAAGCAAGACUUCAGCUUAAUUUGCAUUUGUAAACAAAGAACUUCUAUGAUUACGGGUUUUCUCGAUAAAUUCAAGUCAAAAAGACAAAGCUUUAUCUGUCAAAACUUUAAAACCGAACUACGUCACCUUCUUCGCGUAUUUCAGGAACAGCUUGCUUGAUUAGUUGUGAAAUUUCUUUGUUUGUUACGGCAGCAAACCGAGAAGGCAUUUUGCUCGCAACUUACGCGAGUUUGGCGUCGCUCGCUCGGAGGAACUGGAGGUGAAUCAGUGAAUAGUGCAGGAUAUUCACUGAUUGAGUAGCCAAUCAGAGGGCGCUAAAAACACUAUCCACUGUUUUAGUAUACAGCUGUUUCGAGAAAGGUUGUCGGAAAAAUUGCACGCGACAAUCCCGAAAGACAUUGUGGGUGGUUUUGAGGUCAAUGUUCUUCAAAGAAAUUUGGAAAAAUGGCACGAGAGGCUAUGGACUUACGUUUGAAAGUGCUAAAGGAAAGCAACAAUACUAAGUUCGACAGCUACAGUGUCAGGAACAGUGUACUGAUCAUAUCCCAUAUUACCUUUCGGGAUUGUCGCGUGCACAUUUUUCUCCGACAACCUUUCUCGAAAUAGCUGUAUAUUAAAAAGAAUUAUACAGAUCGGCCUUGGCAUAGUAGAAAAGAGACUUCGUUUGCUGCCUGGUCAGAUUUUCCGUGAAGCAUGCCUUUACCUUUACAAACGAUUGCCUUUCCCUAUUAAAAAAAUGUAUAACAACAUACAACUAUUCAUUUCAGGAGGAUGGCUCCUCGUUUCCAACAUUGUGAUUGGUUCAACUCCACCCUCUCAGCUGCCAGUCAAGACUUCAUACCGUGGAAUAAGCAGUGAUCAGAUGGUUCUCACAAAAACCGCCAUGAACGAGCUGAGAUCACUGGCUUGUCUUUCACCCAGCUGA